AGACCGAUUAGAGACGGAGAGGCAAGGUGAGGCCCAAGACAGAGACGCUCUGAAAGAAGGAAGAGUGAUCAGAAGAGAGGAGAGACAAAAAGCAAAAAACGUGUGAGUGAGCAGGUGAGAAAGGAGACAGGUCUGAGAGGUAGCCCCCGCCCCCCCCCCCCAGCCAGAAAAGGAGGGACACCGUAGCUGGGGGCCCCAGCACUCACACGGCCUUCUUGCCCCGUCCUUGGGACCCCAGAGCUGCCCUUGAUGGAGGAGGGCAGACCUCGGAGCAGCCUCAGCCUGGCCAGCAGCGCUUCCACCAUCUCCUCGCUGGGCAGCCUGAGCACCAAGAAGCCUCCCCGGGCAGUAAGCAAGGUGCAUGCCUUUGGGAAAAGAGGCAAUGCUCUCCGAAGAGAUCCCAACCUCCCAGUGCACAUCCGAGGCUGGCUUCAUAAGCAGGACAGCUCCGGGCUCCGGCUCUGGAAACGCCGCUGGUUCGUCCUCUCCGGCCACUGCCUCUUCUAUUACAAGGACAGCCGCGAGGAGAGCGUCCUGGGCAGCGUCCUGCUCCCUAGCUACAGCAUCAGGCCGGAUGGGCCAGGAGCUCCCCGAGGGCGGCGAUUCACCUUCACCGCCGAGCACGCAGGCAUGAGGACCUAUGUUCUGGCCGCGGACACUCUGGAGGACCUGCGGGGCUGGCUGAGGGCGCUGGGCCGGGCCUCGAGAGCGGAGGGGGACGACUUUGGUCGACCCAGGUCACCCCCACGUCCCCAGCCUGGAGAGGGUCCUGGCGGCCCUGGUGGUCCCCCAGAGGUGAGCAGAGGGGAAGAGAGACACGGCUUAGAGUCACCAGAGGUGUCUCGGCUCUCCAGACUUCGUGGACGACCUGGGCUGCUCACUCCCAGCCCCACAGCUGACCUCCAAUCUGGACCUCGGAUCCGGAGGACCAGGAGCCCAGACCUAUUCACACCCCUCUCUCGCCCUCCCUCCCCUCUGAGCCUUCCCCGGCCCCGUUCUGCUCCUGUGCGCAGACCCCCUCCAUCCUCUGGUGACAUAGCACCUCUUGCCAGACCCCAUACCCCUCUGAGUCGCAUCGAUGUCCGGCCUCCCCUGGAUUGGGGCCCUCAGCGCCAGACACUCUCCAGGCCCCCUACUCCCCGGCGAGGACCCUCCUCUGAGUCUGGGGGAGGAAGGCCCCCCAGGAGUCCCCAGCACUGGAGUCAGGAGGCCAGAACACAGGCCCCCUCUGGCUCCUCCACAUAUCUCCAACUACCCCCGAGAGCUCCUGGGACACGGGCUUCCAUGGUUUUAUUGCCGGGUCCCCCGCUGGACUCAACUUUUCACCAAAGCUUGGAGACAGAUACUCUGUUGACCAAAUUGUGUGGGCAGGACCGGCUCCUGAGGAUGCUGCGGGAGGAGAUAGACCAGAGGCAGGAGGAGAAGGAGCAGCUGGAAGCAGCCUUGGAGUUGACCAGGCAGCAACUGGGCCAAACAGCCAGAGAGGCUGCGGCUCCAGGGAGGGCGUGGGGGCGCCAGCGCCUCCUGCAGGACCGGCUGGUCAGUGUGAGGGCUACUCUCUGUCACCUGACUCAGGAGCGGGAACGCGUUUGGGACGCAUACAGCAGCUUGGAACAGGAGCUGGGCACCUUGAGGGAGACCCUGGAGUACCUGCUGCACCUUGGUUCCCCCCAGGACAGAGCAUCAGCUCAACAACAGCUAUGGAUGGUGGAAGACACGCUGGCAGGUCUGGGGGGCCCCCAGAAGCCACCCCCCAACACAGAACCUGACUCCCCAUCCCCCGCACUCCAAGCAGAGGAGUCAUCAGAGAGGGAGAGCCUGCCUGAGUCCUUGGAACUGAGCUCAACCCGGUCCCCUGAGGCUGACUGGGGGCGGCCCCCUGGGGGCGACAGAGACCUCUCCAGCCCUCGCUCAGGUCUUGGAUCACCGAGGGUCUCCCGGGCUUCCAGCCCCGAGAGUCGCCGCCCUGCUUCCCCACAGGCAGGAACCAAGGCUCCCCUCGCCCGGCCUCGGAUGAGCGCUCAAGAGCAGAUGGAGAGAAUACGCCGAAACCAGGAGUUUGGACGGCCUCUCCCUCGCCCAGCCUCCCCCCGGCUUCUCACUCUGGGAAGGACGCUGUCCCCUGCCAGACGCCAGCCUGACACAGAACCAAGGCCAGUCCAGGGACUCUCAGGAGCCCCCAAAUGGCUCAGAAGCUCUGGAUCCUGGAGCAGUCCCAGGAAUACCACCCCUUAUUUGCCGACAGCCGAAGGGCACCGGGAGAGAGUCCUCAGCCUCUCUCAAGCUCUGGCUACUGAGGCGUCGCAGUGGCACAGAAUGAUGACAGGUGGAAACUUGGACUCCCGAGGAGAGCCUCUUCCCCCUGCGCCACCGCCUCCGUCAGACCCCAGCCCCCAGGUGACCUCUCCCCCCAGAUCUCCAGUGGCCAAUUCCCGCUCCGCGGGGUUGUGCCGCGGAGGUAGUGGGCGCGGCGCUGGCCCCGCCUCCUGGGAGCCCACGUGGGAAUCCGGGACCGCCCCUCCCGCCCAGACACAAGAGGAGGGGGCGUGGCCUCUGCGAGUCACGCUGCUGCAGUCCAGCUUCUGACCCGCCGGCGCGCCGCAGCCAAUUGGAGUGUGAGGGCGUGGCCCGGAGGUACCGCCCCGCGAUCUGGAGCCACUCAGGGCGCCUGGAGGCGUGGCCUGGUCCCCUCGGUAGCCGGGAGAGAGAGAGGUUUCUAUGGCCAAAGUUUGGUUUUCCCAACACUUGUCCAAAUUCGGAUUAAAACUUUGAACUUUUAGUCAA